AUGGACAGUGGGAUGAGCGCAUCCUCAGCAGGUCUGCUGAUGACACCAAGCUCUGUGAGACGUGGAGCAAUUUCCUAUGACAGCUCUGAUCAGACUGCAUUGUACAUUCGUAUGCUAGGAGAUGUGCGAGUAAGAAGUCGGGCAGGAUUUGAAACAGAGAGAAGAGGUUCUCAUCCAUACAUUGAUUUCCGUUUUUUUCACUCUAAUUCUGAAAUCGAGGUGUCUGUGUCUGCAAGAAAUGUGAGAAGGUUGCUUAGUUUCCAGCGAUACCUGAGAUCUUCCCGUUUUUUCCGUGGUAUCACUGUUCCAAAUUCUUCAAACAUUUUAGAUGAUGAUUAUAACGGACAAGCAAAGUGUAUGCUGGAGAAGGUUGGAAAUUGGAAUUUUGAUAUUUUUCUUUUUGAUAGACUGACAAAUGGAAACAGUCUAGUCAGCUUAACCUUUCAUCUGUUUAAUCUUCAUGGACUAAUUCAACACUUCCAGUUAGAUACGAUGAAACUUCGUAGAUUUUUGGUGAUGGUUCAAGAAGAUUACCACAGUCAAAACCCUUAUCAUAACGCAGUUCAUGCUGCUGAUGUGACUCAGGCCAUGCACUGUUACUUAAAAGAGCCCAAGCUUUCCAAAUCUUUAACUCCAUGGGAUGUUCUGCUCAGUUUAAUAGCAGCUGCCACACAUGAUUUGGAUCACCCAGGGGUUAACCAACCUUUCCUAAUUAAAACAAACCAUUACUUAGCAACUUUAUAUAAGAAUACCUCAGUAUUAGAAAACCAUCACUGGAGAUCAGCAGUGGGGUUGCUGAGAGAGUCUGGUUUAUUUGCACAUAUGUCAUUAGAAAACAGGCAGCUGAUGGAAAGCCAGAUAGGUGAUCUCAUUCUUGCCACAGAUAUCAGUCAGCAAAAUGAGUAUCUGUCUAUGUUUCGAUCCCAUUUGGAUAGAGGAGACCUAUGUUUAGAGAAUGCAAACCAUCGUCACUUCAUUUUACAGAUGGCUUUGAAGUGUGCUGAUAUUUGUAAUCCAUGUCGGACGUGGGAGCUGAGUAAGCAGUGGAGUGAAAAAGUAACAGAGGAGUUCUUCCAUCAAGGAGAUAUUGAAAAAAAAUAUCACUUGGGUGUGAGUCCACUUUGUGACCGACAGACGGAAACCAUCGCCAACAUCCAGAUUGGUUUUAUGACCUACUUAGUGGAACCACUGUUUGGGGAAUGGGCCCGGUUUUCAAACACCAGGCUGUCGCAGACAAUGCUUGGCCACCUGGGUCUGAACAAGGCUAGCUGGAAGGGAGUGCAGAGGGACCAGUCUGGCAGCGGUGACGAUGUUGACCCCGCUUUUGAGGAAAUGGACUCUGACAUAUUACCUCAGGAACCUCGAUUGUCCUGACCUCAGUCUUCAUGACAAAACUGCCUUUUUUCUUGGUAUCUGCAUGGUUGGAUUAAAGGAGACACUUGCCAGCCC